UUGCUGGUGAUUCUUUGGAGAUGUCAAAGGUUUGUGCCAUUUUUGGAGGAUCUCGGGGAAUUGGACAGGCUACUGCACAACUACUAGCGCAGAAAGGGUAUUGUCUAGCUGUUGUUGCAAGAAAUCUGGACAUUGCUCAAGCCACUGCAAAAAACCUAGGAGCAGGUCAUCUAGCAUUUAGUUGUGAUGUUUCCAAAGAAGAAGACGUCAAAAAUACGUUUUGCCAAAUGGAGAAGAAUUUAGGUUAUGUAAACUACCUAGUUAAUGCUGCAGGAGUCAGCAGGGAUGGCUUGCUGCUACGAACCAAAGCUGAUGAAAUGGUAUCCCAACUUCACACCAAUCUUUUGGGAACAAUGUUGACCUGCAAAGCUGCUGUGAAGAGUAUGAUUCAACAGCAAGGUGGUGCUAUCGUUAACGUAGGAAGUAUAGUUGGACUGAAGGGCAAUGCUGGUCAGUCUGUAUACAGUGCCAGCAAAGCUGGAUUAGCUGGAUUUUCACGCUCUCUUGCUAAAGAAGUCGGAAGAAAAAACAUUCGAGUCAACAUGGUUGCUCCCGGUUUCGUUCAUACGGAUAUGACAGCUCAUUUGAAAGAAGAUCAGUUGAGGAAAACGAUUCCUCUUGGAAGAUUUGGUGAGCCUCAAGAAAUUGCCAAAGCAAUUGUAUUUCUUCUAGAGUCUCCUUACGCAACAGGACAUGUUCUGGUUGUAGAUGGAGGGUUGCAACUUAUGAUUUAAAAUUUGUAACAGCACAUAUUUUUUAAUGUGGGCAAAAUAAUUCAGCCACCAGGGUAAGUGGAGGAUGA